GCCGAAGUGAGCAGAUGACGGGAGCGCAUGAAGCCCGCGCAGCCGCCCAGCGCAGCCCCGGAGCGAAGGGCGCCUCCAAGAGGAGCAUGAUCUCCCGGCAGCUCAAGAGGCAUCCCGGACUCAUCCCCCUCAUUGGUUUCCUUGGACUCGGAGUAGGUAGCGCUGCCUUCUACCUUCUGAGGUUGGCCAUCUACAGCCCGGAUGUGAGCUGGGAUAAAAAGAACAAUCCAGAGCCAUGGAAUAAACUGAGUCCAAAUGACCAGUACAAGUUCAUGGCUGUCUCCAUGGACUACAAAGACCUGAAGAAGGAUCGGCCAGAUUUCUGAGGGUGCCAUGGCCAAGUCGUUCUCCAGCCCCUGCUGUUUUCGGACCGCCAGCCUUGCCACUCUGUGCAGCUGCACCUUUUGCUCUCUCGCCAGCCUUUGAAGUGUCCCUCAUGGCAACUGCACACGCCAAGAUGCCACCGCUGUGUCCUGCCUGCAUCUGCCUGCUUUUGCUGGUGCCACACCAAAAAGAAAGAAAAAAAAAUCAGUAGCCCAUUCAGCAGAAGCAAAGGAAACGAUUAACCUAUUCUUUUUCUGUGAAAUGCAUCUGUCUAUUGUGGUAACAAACAGCCAAUUUAUUAAAGUGGCAGGGGAAAGAAAGAAAACAAA